AACGACAAUUCUGAUGUCGGAAUGAGCAUUCAAGUUACUAUGUAUUCACAUUACAGAGCUCCUGAUAAUGAUCACAUCAGGCUGAAGUACCAAGCAGUGUCUGAGGAACAUCACCAGCUUCCCUGUAAAUUCCCCCUUUUGUGCUGAGUGAAAUCAGGAUGCUUCGCUGGGAUUGUUCCUGGAUUUGAUGCAGGUCGUCUUUUCUGGCAUCGUUUUCCAUACAAAAUCUUUCUCUUGAGGACUGCAGCUUUCAAUCUUUUGUCAUCAAUUGCAAUCAGUUAUUGGGACACAUUAGGACUUAUGUGAAGGCGAAAGGAGAUCCAGGCACAGAAAAGCCUUUGAGAUUGUUCAGCAUUGACCUAGUGAAAAGGCAGCAUUUCAGUAAUCAAGUGAGAAGAUGUUGCAUCUGAGAGUCCAGCUUUUGGAUGACACGUAUGAAGUAUUUGAGGUGGCGCAAAAAGCCACUGGGAAGACUCUUUUCGACUGUGUCUGCCACCACCUGAACCUCGUUGAGGAGGACUACUUCGGAGUGGAAUUCAACAAUCGCUAUGGGAACGUGGUUUGGUUGGAUCUCUUAAAACCUGUUUUGAAACAAAUCAAAGGCGAGAAGAGGGUUCUGUUCCAAUUUGUAGUGAAAUUCUUUCCACCUGAUCUGGGGCAGCUACAAGAUGAAUUGACAAGGUAUCUGUUUGCUCAGCAAAUCAAACGGGACCUGGUUGCUGGGAGACUUCAUUGCAAUGACAACAGUGUCGCACUAUUACUGUCUCACAUCAUCCAGGCUGAGGUUGGUGAUUUUGAUGAAGAACUGGACAGAACACAUUUACAAACUAAGAUAUAUAUUCCAAACCAGGAACGCCUGAUUCACAAAAUAAUGAAUUUUCACCAGAAACUCGGUGGGCUGACAUCAGCAGAAUCUGAAACUCGCCUCUUGGAGACAGCUCGGAAGUUGGAGAUGUAUGGCAUCAGACUUCAUCCAGCCAAUGAUGGAGAAGGAACACAAAUCAAUCUGGCUGUUUUACACAUGGGCAUUUUGGUUUUUCAGGGCAAAACGAAGAUCAAUACUUUCAACUGGGCCAAAAUACGCAAGCUGAGUUUUAAGAAGAGGCAUUUCUUUAUCAAGCUCCAUUCUAACAUUUUUACCACCUCAUGCAAGGACUCCUUGGAAUUCCUGAUGGCAAGCCGCAAUACAUGCAAGCACUUCUGGAAGACUUGCGUUGAGUAUCAUGCCUUCUUUAGGCUCCCUGAGGAACCCAGAUCGAAGCCUAAACCCAUAUUUUACAGUAAAGGAUCCUGCUUCCGGUACAGUGGAAGAACUCAGAAACAACUGGUUGAGUAUCUGAACAAGGGAAAUUUCAAGAAGGUGCCAUUUAAAAGGUGGCCAUGUAAUGUACAGUCUGAGGAAGAUUCAUCAGUAACAGGCCUCGAGCUGGGGAGACAGGUCAAGGAAUUGACACAUGACCAUGGGGACACUGGGCAUUCAGGAGACACCCAGGUUAAGAUGCGGCAGAGGCCAGCACAGAGGGGGAGGAAGGAGUCGGCAGUGGAUAUUAUAUUUACCACCGAACUGGAGCGGUCCAAACCCGAGGCUGACCCAGCAUUAGAAACCUUCUCCAGCAGCAAUGUCUCCACUUCCUACCUCAGUGACAAUGAUACUGAGACCACGAAGGAUCCUGUCCAAUUUCAAAAAAGCAGGCAACACUUUCGAAGUAACAAGACCAGGAUGGAUACUGAUACAGAAGAGUUAACAUGCAGGAACUCACCUGAAUUCACAACUGGGAGCCAACAUAUCAGUGAUAAUUUCCCGAAUUUGGACAUUUUUAUGUGCAGAUCUCUUCGGGUGCCCAGACACACUUCAACAGAUGAGAAAAUGGUUCGGCCUUCAGGUAUGGCUCGCCCAGUCAGCCUGCCUGCUCACAGCUUCUUAGUCAAUCAUGGGCUUUACCAACAAGCUAUGAUGAGGGGUCGCUAUGGCAAUACUCUGAACGCAGUGAAGGAGGAGGAGAGCCAGCAGGAUGACAGCCUGCAGCCUUCCAAAAGAUCACACAGCCAGUCAGAUAUGAAAACACUUGGCCUAGUACAUGUGCCAGAGUUAAGGCCCAUGGCUCAUUACCUGCCCCUGGGUUGGAGACAGAGCCCCAAUAAACCGAGGCCUGUGCAUCCAGCACACAUGAUGCUACAGCGCAAGGAGGCCCUUCAAACAACAGAAAGAUACAUCAGCAGUGGCACAGAAUCUAGUGAUUCAGACUCAGAAAUAAUUAGUCCCUACUUUCAUCCUCGUCUAUUUGGCAAAGCUCUUAGAUCUUCAGUGCUGAAGGGAGGCCAAUUUUCCUCAGCCUGCCUCCAGUCAGGUGAAGGUGCUUCAUUUGAUUUGAAUUCUGCUGAAGGGCUGAGUCACUUGACGAUAUACACUGAUUUCAUUUAA